GCGGAGCUACGGAGGCUGCAUCGGCUGAGCCGCUUCAAACACCAUCCACGGGCACUCAGUCGUCGCGGACGGAGACCACCGGGUCGCGGGGGCACUGCAGCAGGAGCGGGGCGAGGUUCAUCUCCCAUCCGGCGGAGCUUUUCAUUUAUUGUUUUCCCUCGAAGGGGAGGCGCUGGAGCCGAGUGAGGAGCCACGAAAACAAGUCAUGAACGGGGAUAUUGUUUGCAAUUCACUUACUGUCUUAAGCCACACCAAGUCCACAUCACCAGGUCAGGAUGAAAAGAGGAUCAAGCUGACACAGGAAGGGAGAUGCCCUCCAAUAAUCUCACAGCAAAAUGAAGCUCAGUGGCAGGGAGAGGGCCGGAGAACACAUACCAUCGCUACACCAAAGGAUGCAAAGAGCCAGUGUUCACCCUUCUGGACAGAUGAACAACCGUCACCUCCGCAGCUCUACUGCCCUCAGACCUGCCUUCGUUCCCCCAGCGAAACCUCCCUGCCUCUCGGCAACAGCCAAUGCCACACUCUCCUCCUCACUGGCAAUGGAAGUGCACUCCGCGGUCACAAGAGGAGAGAUGUCCGCCCCAAGGUCGGGGGAAAGAAACCAUCUCGACGAAUUGCAGCUGGGAUAAACUCCCAUAACCGAAAAGUAACUGACUACUAUCCUAUAAGACGAAGCUCGAGGAAAAGUAAAAUUGCUUUAAAGUGUGAACAGAAGCAGCUCAUAGACGAUCUCAUCACAAAUGGAAUAGAGGAAGGAAUGGAGGUGCAACAUAUAGAAGGAAAGGGGAGAGGAGUGUUUGCCACUCGGUGUUUCGAGAAAGGCGAGUACGUGGUAGAGUACCACGGAGACCUGCUGCAGAUCACCGAUGCCAAGAAGAGGGAGGCCGAAUACGCUCAGAACCCGGCCACUGGCUGCUACAUGUACUACUUCCAGUACCUCUGCAAAACAUACUGUGUAGAUGCCACUAAAGAGUCUGAUCGAAUGGGUAGGUUGAUAAAUCACAGUAAAACUGGAAACUGCCAAACCAAACUCCAUGACAUCAAUGGCGUCCCUCACCUCAUUCUCGUCGCCUCCCGGGACGUGGACGAAGGCGAGGAGCUGCUCUAUGACUAUGGAGACCGCAGCAAAGCCUCUAUCGCAGCUCACCCAUGGCUCAAGUUCUGAUGGAGGGGCCUCCAAAAAAAGGGGAAACAUACAGUAACACUUGUGUUUCUCAUUUGCUAGUGUACAAAUUGCCUUAGAAACAGAAUGUGUACCCUUUUUGUUCCAAUACCAAGGAAGCCGGUUGGGUUGAGUAGCUGUUCAUGGGGCUGGAGGGUUGAUCGGGUACUUAUCAUGUUUCGAUUGGUCCAUCUGCCAAGUCAGAUGACGUGUAGUUUUAUUUAUAUGUGUAUAUGAGGCAUUCUAGUUGUUUUGCAGCACAUUUAUUUUGUACAUUUUUGUAUUUCCUAUAGACCAAUGCUUCUACAGCAUGCAGGUGGUAGUUGACGCUCUGCAUUUUUAUACAGCUUUUUCUUAAUUAGUGGUUAGAUACUUAGCAAUACUUCUAUUUAUGGCCCCAGAACUCCUUUGAAUCAGCGAGAAUUAUGGGAUGCAAAUGACAAAGCCUUUUUAAAGACAUAUUCUGUGGAAUUUUAAUUUCAGCCAUUAAAAUCAGACAACCUUCCAUUGUUUAGAGGGAGUGUAAUUGUUCACCACACCCAUGGUUCAGGAGGAAUUGUGGCUACUGAGUACAGAAAACAGUUGAUUCAAGUAUUAUACUUUUAAAGUUGGAAAUAAUAGUGUUCAACAAACACUUUCCUCCGGUUUUCAUGCCCGUUUUCUAUUCUUUAGCACUAAUAAUCUUUUAAUAUUUUAGGUGCAUAUUUGAAUUAAGUGUUCAAAUAUCCAGGGGAGUGCAGACAGUUUUUGUAUUUGUUUCUUUAAAGGCAAAUAAAUGAAAGUUUAUCAAUGAAUUACACUGGGUAAUAUGAUUAUGUAGUCAGUGUUUUCAGAAGUGAGGUCUCCUUUUUAAUUUUUUUCCAAGGAAUUCUUUACCUGGUGACAUUAUCUAUAUUACUGCUCUGUGUAAAUGUAUUUAUUGGCUUGCGGUUGCAAAGUCAGGGGCGAUUUCAAGAAAAGGUUUGAGCAUUUGGGAAAUAUGUUUGAGUUAAAUUUGAAUAUUUUUAUCCUAAAAUUCACUUUAUGAUUCUGAUGCUUGGAAGGCAUUUAGCCUGUCACAUUAAUCUGUUAUGUUCUGUGGCUGAAUUAGUUGAGAUGAAGGUAACGAGGAACAGAGAAGCUUUCAGUCGUAUUUGAUGUUCACAGAACCACUGACCAACAAAAUAUAUGCAACCUAUAGAAAGUUCACCUUUUAUCACUGAGCUAUGACUCAACAAACAUUUUGAAAUAUACUCGGUGUCUACUUUAUUAGGUACAUCAGUGAUCUCUAAUGCAAUCUAACACCAGCUCAUCCAUAAUUUCUUCCUUUACAAAUGUAAUAACUCUGUGUUAAUAUCACUAUAUUUUAAUUAUUGAGGUUGCAGUUUUAAAGCAGUCUUGAGACUCCAAGUUGUGUUCCCCUCAUUUACAAACAAGAGGAUAGAUGAACAUUAAAAAACAUUGCAGUCCAGUUGAACAUCACUGCAAACUACAACCUUUAUAAUUAAUGAAUAGUUGAAUUACCACCUUUCAGACGGUGUCUAGUAUAAAGCUAUUAUCUAAAUGUAGAAUUAAUGGUUAUUAUUAUGAGCACAGAAGCAGCAGAUUCAUUGGAAUAUAGUUUAACUUUUUGUGUCGAGGGAAACUUGGCCCACAAAUAAAAGCAUCAAAUCUGAGUCCUCAGGCUGCUUCCAGCCUUUCUGCUAAGCUAAGCUAAUUGUAGCUUCAUAUUUAGCAAGAGUGCUAUCAGUGUUUUAAUUUAACUCUCUGCAAGAAAGCAAAGAAACAUGUUUCCCAAAAUGUCAGAUUUUUCAUUUAAAAGUAAACAGGCUAAAGUAUCUGCAGGGAAAACACAUGAAUUUCAUGUUCACUCAACAUGCAGACAUGGGUCUGAUGGACUGGUGCACUCCCUCUAUAUAACAUAGAAUUUCUACACAUCGGGGGGGUUUCGAACUCACAAAGCUGUCAUCUUCUUCACAACCCGAUAUUCAAUGUGAAAAGUAAUUAUUUAUAAUUUAGUUUAGCUGAACUGCCAACAGGUCAUUUGUGUUUUACUUGACAUUUUAUCCGUUUUUCAAAUGUUUUACUGAAGUCAGAAGGUCCACGAGUUCUGUCACACACAAUAACUUACUCAAAAUGUUUAUCCUGUUUCUCUUUUCAAUUAACCAGAAAACCACUUGACUUUUGUUUUUUUUAUACUUUGGCUUGAAAAAUCAUUUAAGCAAUUGACCAUAUAUCAUAUCUAAAAAUGAUUGAUGUUGAUCAACUAAUUGUUUUAACCCCUUAUAAAAAAGAAUCAGUAUUUUACUUUGACUAAUCCCACUUCUUUUGUCGUAUAUUAUGUUACCACAGAAAAAUGGCCACAUGCUGUUCAGCAGCUGUGAUGUUGAUCCUUACUGCGUAACCCACUGGAAAGGAAGCAGCAGAAUCCUCUGUCUGUCACUGGGGACGGUUUAAAGUAGAACAAUCUGUUUUAAAGGAUAAGACGGUGAAAUGUCUCGGCAGACAUGGACAUAUGCAUCCUCACUUCUUCUAGCAGGGUAACACAUGAAUUCAUUCACUUGUGGUGUCUCUAGUAUGAUGUAAAUUUGGGUAGUUUAAUGUAAUUGUUUCGCGGGAUCCUGGGGUUCCGUCUUAAUAGGAAUAGUUUCACGGUUUGGGAAGCUCACUUAUUUGCAGUUUUGCCAGAGAGUAGAGGAGAAUAUUAUUUCCUUUCAUUAUUUAUUAUUUUUGUUGCAGCUAACGUGGGACUUGACCAAAUGACAUCCAUCCUCUUUUCGUACAUCCCUUAAUCAUGAGAGGACAACUGCGGUUCUUAAAGUUUCCCAAAUAUUCAGUAUAUUAUUGAAUUCCAGGAUUCUUUUGAUUCCAUGUUUCAAUAUCAUUCAAACACUAAAAGUAUCAUCAGUGUUAAAACGAAGAGCCCAUGUGAGAAAGAGAGGUUUAGGAAAUACACUGUGUGUAAAGCAUAAAAAUCCAUUUCCUUCUUCCUGUACAUGUUCCCUGUCACCUCUAACAGUAGCAUUGUGUUGAAAGUGUGAAAUGUUUUCAUAUGAGCCUUUCUUAAACAAAUAUCUUCUGGGUUAUUUCAUGUUUUUCUAUGUAGAACUAAUGCAAUAAUAUCUGAGGGAAAGAACUGACCUGUUGGCCAUUUUAGGACAUAAUAAAUCUUUGCUGUUGUAGCGUUGAAUAAAUCAUAAUGCUGGGGUUAAGGCAUCGAUGAAUAAAGAUGUGUUAUGCAAGUAA